AUGGCGGCGGCCGCGGCUGCGGCGCUGCGGGCCUGGUUUUGGAACGAGCGCUUCUGGCUGCCGCACAAUGUGACGUGGGCGGACCUAGCUGGCGAGCCGGGCCCGCCGGGCAGCGGGCUGCAGUACCCGCGGGCGGGCCACGUCCUCUCCGCCUUUCCGCUGGCGCUCGGCAUCUUCGCUGUGCGGCUGCUCUUCGAGAGGUUUAUUGCCAAGCCAUGUGCCAUCCACCUUGGCAUUCAGGACAGUGGUCCUCACCGAGCCCAGCCCAAUGCAAUCUUAGAGAAAGUGUUUACAGCCAUCACCAAGUCUCCAGAUGGAAGGAGGUUGGAAGGUUUGUCCAAGCAGCUGGACUGGGACGUGCGGAAGAUCCAGCGCUGGUUUCGGCACCGGAGGAACCAGGACAAACCCAGCACCCUCAGGAAAUUUUGUGAGAGCAUGUGGAGGCUCACCUUCUAUUUCAGUAUAUUUUUGUAUGGGCUCAGGUUUCUCUGGACGGCUCCCUGGUUUUGGGACACACGACAGUGCUGGCACAGCUACCCCUUCCAGCCUCUCACAUCCAGGCUUUAUUAUUACUACAUCUUGGAGCUGGCCUUCUACUGGUCUCUGAUGUUCUCUCAGUUUACAGACAUCAAAAGGAAGGACUUCCUGAUCAUGUUUGUCCAUCACUUGGCUACCAUUGGCCUCAUCACCUUCUCCUACAUGAACAACAUGGUGAGGGUUGGGACCCUGGUGCUCUGCCUCCACGAUGCAUCAGAUUUCCUUUUAGAGGCUGCAAAGCUUGCCAAUUAUGCCAAGUACCAGAGGCUCUGUGAUGCCUUCUUCAUGCUCUUCGGGGUUGUGUUCAUCGUGACACGCUUGGGCAUUUAUCCUUUCUGGAUUUUGAAUACAACCCUGUUUGAAAGCUGGGAACUGAUUGGUCCUUACCCUUCCUGGUGGCUCUUCAAUGGGCUCUUGGUGACCCUGCAGCUCUUGCACAUCAUCUGGUCCUAUCUCAUCGUCCGCACUGCCUACAAGGCCCUGGUGCGGGGCAAGAUUGGAGCUGGACAGUUUCAGCCUUUGCAUGUCUCCAAAGACGACCGCAGUGAUGUGGAGAGCAGCUCUGAAGAGGAGGAGGGGACCUGCAGCAGCACCAAAGGAGCUCUCAGCACUUCCAGCAAUGGCUCCAACCCCAGCAAUGGCCACGUGGCUGCUGGCCAGUGGGCAGAAGAGGAGUAAGGCCUCAGGCUGGCCUUGAGCAAACACAGACUUCUCUUUCAGUAUCUAGAUGUGUUGAGCUCCACAUUCCCAAGUGAUCUUUA